UUGAAGUGACACAAUCAACUCCCGGACACGGUUGGGUACGGUUUAGGUUUUCCCUCGCAAAUUUUUUCCCUCGGGAUUUUGUCCAUUUCCGCCAGUUCCUGCGAUUGUUAGACAAUUGCCAGCGGCAAAUUUAUCAACGUACCAUCGCCAGGGAGAUAAUUCUUAUUGGUGCAAAGUGUGUCCGGUGUAAAAAUUCCAAUUAGCCGGUUCUGUUCGACGAGACCGUCCGCUCGUGUGCCCAGUGAGCCAACGGUGCGGUGCCAUCUCCGAUUUGAGGGCUACCCGAAACGAGUUUGCACAUUGUUGCGGUGCCGUGGUAUGCUUGCAAAGGUGCUGCUGUGUUUGAGUGAUUGUUUGUGACGUGACAGAAACUGAAAUCUUGCCCCCCAUUGCGAUGUGAACUGUGCGGUCGAAAGUGAGAGGAAAAAUUCCGCCAAAAGUCUCAUCACCCCAGUGAGAACAACCGUUGUGAGGAGAGGGUUACAUUACGGCACCAAUACCACUGCGCAUCCAUAACUGAGCGGGCAAGUGUGUGCGUGAGACAGUGUGAGUUAGAGAGAGAGAGAAAUAGAGACAACUGCAGACGGUGGCCGAGCGCACGGUACUAACACGCAUCGACGUUUAUUUACCGACGAGAGCGCGUGUAGAGCACAUCCACGCGACACGAGCACGGGACUGCAGAGCAGCAGCGCGCGAACGAACCACAACAAAUCGGAAGGAAGUCAUUGUUGUGUGGUGUGGAACAAUUUCUUCUUUUUGGUUGUUAUUGUAGCUGCCAAAUCCUGCCCGCCUUCAACAGUGUGUUCUGUGUGCUGUUUUGAUUUGCCUUUUUUUCGAUUUGGUUGCGCUGCUUCCGGCUAUCCCAUCGAAAAUCGGCAUGAGUGUGUGAAUUGUCCCCGUUUGUUCCAGCAGAUCUCGGAAGCAUUAUAUUGCUGCAUGCAUUUGUUUUGUGUUGCGCUCCAAUCCUGCUAAAAAGGCGGCCUGUGUGUCUGUUCGCCCAAAUGCGCACCAUCACCAAUGCGAACGUGACACGGCAACGAAGACCAUUCAUCAUCAUCAUCAUCACCACCGGUGAACAGGAGCUAUGGAAGGAAUAAUUCGUUAAGGUGCUGCCGCUAAGCGUAUUAUUCCUGUGCGGGCGGUUUUUAUGCCGGAGCCGGGCAUUCUCUCACCACGUGUGUGGUCUGUGGGGAAAAGUGUAAACGGAAGAUAAAUUCGUCGUGCCGCGGCCGGAAAAGAAGCAUCCUCCUCGAAUCACUCACCCCCAUACCCCUUUCCUGGGCGUGCGCCAGUCAGUGUAAUUCUAAAAGUGUGUACGGCGCCCCCUUGGUGUGUGCGUGUCUGUUUUUACCGGUGUAUCCAAGGAAACGUGAAGAAAGGGCGCCAACAUGUUUGACCUAGAGGACACGAGCAUUACCGGAUUCCACGACGCGAUGAGUAAAUACAGUACUCCCAUGUCGGAUCUGUACAUCACCGACUCGAUGCAGGACAUGCUCGAUAUCGACAUCAAGUCAGAGGUGACGACGGUUGUGGGCGGUGUGAACGAAUUCGUUUCGUUGAUGAACUAUGAUCUGCCCUCGCUCGAGCUGGACAACAACUCCCUGGACGGGAACAACUUCUACUGCAGCGCAGCGUUCGGCAUUGGCAGCACCGAUCUCUACCCGGAGGUCACUACGUGUGCCAAUCCGAACUUCGUCAUGCCCGUCCCGUCGUCGUCAUCAUCGUCGUCAUCUUCAUCCUCAUCGUCAUCCUCCUCCUCCUCCUCGAUGGGCGGAUUCCCGAACGGCAGUGUCCUGUCGUCGUCCGGCUCGUCCGCGACAUCGUCGACGAUGAGUGCCCUUGUGGCCGCCCAGUCACUGCUCAAGUCACCGAAGCAGAACAUCAAUCUCAACACGACCGUGCACGGCGACACCAGGCACAGCUCGACCAUGGCCAGCCCGAAGGAACGCAAAAGCCAUCUUACCUUUUCGCCCAACACGAUCAAGGUGUCGACGGUGCAGGAGGCGAAAAAGAUCUCCAGCCUGGCGCAGAUCACGCGGGUCGGCGGCACGGCAGGCACCAUCUCCUGCACGUCCCUCGCGCCAGCGACCCCGGUAGACAAUGUGCGAAAAGAUCUGACCGCCCAGAUGACGCUGAAGGAGGAGAAGAUCAUCGUGCGAAACGGCGGGAUCGUGAAGAGCGCGAGCGAACACUUCGUAACUAGUAACGGCGGCGGUAGCGUAACGGUCGGUGAAGCGAUCGUCCACCGCACGUCCUCCGUUGGAUCGCCUGGGCUCGGCGUUGGGCUCGGCAAGGGUAACACCGUGAAGCUGGCCCAUGGCAUCGGUGCGCUGACCUACGCCAACAGCAUACAGUACAAGAACCUGAAGAGCAUACAGAAGGUCAGCGCGAUGGGGCUGAACGGUGUGGUGAAGCGCGAGUCUAGCCCCCAUCGGCAGCUGAACGGUGGUGCGGCCAGUCCGAAAACCUACAACCGAACCUUAAUCGUGGAUCAGAACGGCAAACCGGCGGGAGGAGGUGUCGGUGUGGUCACCAUUACGCAUGGCGGCUCCCCGACGACGACUUUGGUCGCCCGUCAGCUGCAGCGAGCGAUGACCCCGACUGGCCCAAAGCAGAAGCUGAUCAAGAGUGGUGGUGGUGGCGGAUCGCAAGGCGGCAGUGUCGAGAGCGAGUUCCCCAAACCGGCCUACUCCUACUCGUGCCUGAUCGCGAUGGCACUGAAAAACUCCCGCUCCGGCUCGCUGCCCGUCUCCGAGAUCUACAGUUUCAUGUGCGAACACUUCCCGUACUUCAAGACGGCACCGACCGGGUGGAAAAACUCCGUCCGGCACAAUCUGUCCCUCAACAAGUGUUUCGAGAAGAUCGAAAAACCGGCCACGAACGGUGGCCAGCGGAAGGGUUGCCUGUGGGCGAUGAACCCGGCCAAGAUUACGAAGAUGGACGAGGAGGUGCAGAAGUGGUCUCGAAAGGAUCCGCUGGCCAUCCGCCGGGCGAUGGUGCAUCCCGAGCAUCUGGAGGCGCUCGAGCGGGGCGAGAUGAAGCACGGCUCGACCGGGGACGACGAUCUCGACGUGGAGGAAGACCUCGAAAGUGACGGCGGCCCGUCCGAUGUGGACGCGGAGGAGGUGGACGAGGAGGUGGUUGAGCCGGAAGAGGAGGAAGAAGAGGAAGAGAACGCGGAGGACGAGGAGGAGGAGGACGAUGAUGUGGAGUUGAUAGAGCCACCGCGCGAGACGAUCGACGUCGACGCGGAAAGCUUCAUCAUCAACACGCCGGAAUCGUUGAUCGAUGGUGAAGAGGACGGUGGCGAUCAGGUGGAUUUCGAUCUAGAGGUACCUGACUUUUACGGAAACAUCAACGUUGACUCCAAGGACAGCACGCUCGCACUGGAGUUGACCGAGCAGGAUCUUUUAUCGCUGGAAGAUGAAGAUGAAUCGCUUUACAUUAAUCAAGUUCAGCAACAGACGCGACUCGGUACCGUUACCGUAUCGCAGCAACAGUCCCUCCAGCAGCAGCUACAUCAGCAGACGCAAAUCCACACAACGCAGCAGCAGCACCAUCGACAACAGAUCCAACAGCAGCAACCGCCGGCGAAGCGUGCCCGGCUCGAUAUGACCUACUCCAUUUCCCCGAACGCAAACGGCACCGCCAGCCUGGUGAACGUCAUUUCCUCCCGCCAACCGACGAUAGUGCACGGCACGGGCAACAACUCCGUCACCGUCACGCCCGUCAACGGUAACAGUGUGAUGGGGCUAAGCUUUCAGCAACACUUUCAGCAGCUGCAGCAGCAGCAACUACGACAACAGCAGCAGCAGCCCCAGCAGCUUCAGCAAGGAACCAUCAGGCGAAAGGUGCCGAUGAUUACGCGAUUGGCUUGAAUUAACCGCGCCGGUAUGGUUUAGUCGUUUAGCUUAGGGAGUCGAACGUACACCACAUUGUUGUGUGUAUGGAACGUGGGUCUGGUAAGUGUGGUGGACUUUCUAUAGAUGUAUGCUAUAUGAUUUAAAGAGGGAAAAUGCAUUUGUUUUCCUUCUAUGCAUACCUCUCUCAUACAAGCCGUUAAUAUACACAAAAGCAGAAAGGAAGCUCUUACAAUAAGCUUUAUUCGACAGCCCACUCAGUGCGUUCCGGAUGGUACAAACACACACCCACAUGCAUCGUAUAUUUUUCCGUAUUCCUUUCCGCGUUCUCUAGCAUUAAGGAGAAAGAGAGAGUGGAGGAAACAGGAAACAAAUUCCAACAACAAUCAGAAUUUUUCUAUGAGCAUUUUUUUCUCUUUUAUAACGAUAAAUUAUUAUCACUGCCAGAAGGAAUAUUGUGUCUUUGUGACACAGACACACAGAGAGCAGUGUGUGCUGUUGAAAAAAAUAAACCAACAACACCACAACCACAUCCCACACACCAGCUCGAAUUACACUUUUCCGGUGCUGAUGGUAAUCGUAACAGCAAUAUAAAAUUCGGUACAAACACUAUAAUACUAGAAAUAGCAUGGUAAAGUUAGAAAGGGAGAAAUAAGCGAUAGUGUGAAACCUCGACCCUAGACGACACUGAGCGUAUACCAAGAAGGGUCCUCCAACCCAGGAUGUUGCAUCGUUGUUGUCCGUUAAAGGCAAAUGGUACUAAUCCUGAUAGGCUGCAGCUUACAGCUUUGAAUACUUGUAACUUUCCCAUCAAUGGGGCAGAGCUUACACGUUGGUUUCAUAGCUGUAUACCGCACACCGAAUCGAUCGGAAUCUGCCAAUGCAACAUCCUCGGUUGCAAACGAGUGUUGUACAAAACGGGACACCUCACGGGACAAAACUCACAUAUACCUGACCUGAGAGAAAGAGUAAAAAACAAAAACAAUAUGAGGUACAAUUGAAUGCGUAUUUACACCUGGCACCAUCUUUCCAGUUUCGUCAGACUAGUUAGUUUGAGUACGCUGGAAUGUUUCUCGGUUUGUUGUUAUAGUUUUUAUUUUUGAUUAUCGCUCUUUA